CGAUCAGAGCACGAGGGCUAAUGCAUGCAACACGUUUUACACGCUGGCAUGGCAGGAUUAAUUACCGGGGUGGUUGAUUGACGUAGGUUUGUUUCUUAUCUUUCUCGGAUUUUUGUAAAAUCUAUUUUUCUACUUGUCGCGUUUAAUACUCGUUGUGUUGGCGACUCUCCCCUCGGCGUUCUCCAAACAACUUUUUCGGAUCUAUAUUUCGUUUCUUUGGCUUCUAUUCAAAUAAUCAGGACGGGGAUAUGUUGAGAGGCUGGACCGCAGGAACAAAUGGACCGCCGUCAUGAUACCUACGAAACUUUAAAUGGGGAGCAAGAACCGCUGCUCAGCAAUGUUGCAAUCGCCAGCCCUACAAAGUCAACCUGGAAACCCCCAGCAGGGUUCAUCUGGAUCGAAAUCGCAAUAUUUUCAAACGUCUUCCUCUCCGGCUUCGAUGGAACGAUCACGGCAUCAACCUACGCAGUAAUCGGCUCGGAAUUCAACGCCGCCAACACGAUCUCAUGGCUCACCACCUCCUACCUAGUCACCUCUACUGCCUUCCAACCCCUCUACGGGCGAUUCAGCGAUAUCCUAGGACGCCGAGUAUGUUUCUUCACCGCCACACUGACCUUUCUCGUUGGCUGCCUCGGCUGCGCCCUCGCGCCUGACCUCGUGUCUUUGAAUCUGAUGCGCGCCUUGACCGGGCUCGGCGGCGGCGGGCUCAUGACAAUGGCUACGAUCAUUAACUCGGAUAUGAUCCCAUUUCGGGAGCGAGGAAUGUACCAGGCUUGCCAGAACGUGCUACACGGCUUCGGGUCUAUAUGCGGUGCCAGUCUUGGGGGGGUCAUCGCAGAUACUAUCGGAUGGAGGUGGUGUUUUAUGUGUCAAGUGCCUGUCUCAGCUUUUGCGUGUGUGGUUGGGUAUUUCGUCGUCAAGGACCUUCACUCGAGUACAUUUGUGGAGAAUGAUCAGGAGGGGCUGGUUAAGCCGAAGACUUCGACAUGGAAACAGAUCGAUUUGAGCGGUGCUUUCUUGCUGGUCUUGGGGCUGUCGGCGCAGCUUGCGGCAUUGAGUAUGGGUGGUAAUAAUUAUCCAUGGUCAGAUAUUAGAGUCAUUGCUUCUCUAGCUAUCAGUGUGGUGCUUCUUGCAGCCUUUGUCGUUGUCGAGUCGCGCACGGAAGCAAUUCCGGUAAUGCCAAUGAGUAUGCUCCGGGGAACACUUGCCAUCUCGAAUCAGAUCAGCAAUGUGUGCGUUGGGAUGGCCGCGUAUGCUUUUCUUUUCAUACUACCGCUAUUUUUCCAAGUUGUACUCCUCGACACCCCCUCCGAAGCUGGGAUGCGCCUCGUUAUCCCAUCCCUAGGCACCCCAGUUGGAGGUGUAGUUGCUGGCUACAUCAUGUCGCGUUAUGGACGACUGAGUGAAUUAGUGAGAACUGGCUGCUUCUUCAUGAUACUUGGGAAUGCUUUAGUUGCAUCUUUCGAAUUCCAUGAUUCGAAGUGGAAGUAUCUGGUAUAUCUAUUCCCAGCCAAUUUUGGCCAAGGGAUUGCAUAUCCCAGCAUAUUAUUCACGUUUCUAGCUGCAUUUGAGCACAAAGAUCAAGCUGUAGCGACAUCAAUGGUGUAUCUCUUCCGCUCCGUGGGCACAGUCUGGGGAGUUGCCGCCUCGUCGACUCUGAUUCAGAAUAUUCUGUCGACACGGCUGCCAAUAGCGCUAGAAGGGAUACCCAACAAAGACAAGAUACUGGACGAGAUCCGACACAGCGUCACAGUGAUCAAAGAUCUGCCUCCUGACGUCCAAGCAAUCGCCAGACAAGUGUAUUAUGAAGCACUGAAAUACACUUUUAUUGCGACCACUGUGGUGACGGUGAUUGCUCUUAUCUCGGCAUUCUUCGCACGGGGAAGGAGUCUCAAUCGUUCUUGAUAAGAUCUUAUAGGGGGAUGCUUGUUUGGACUAUGAUUCGCAAUAGAGGCUGUUCUAUGAGUACAUAUUAUGGGAGCAUACGACCGCUAUGAAUGAAAAUAUUUUAGAAUUUAAAUAAUUUUCUAAAAUAUAUCGCAUUGGAAUAAAAGAG